UGAGAACGAGAAGUUUUGUUUUUGGUGUGGUUGUCAGGUGAACGACGUAAACAUAAUUUUAAUUUUAGUAAAAUUUACUUAAUUAUCGUCGUCAUGAGUAGCCGCAAUCCCAACACUUUAAUGAGUGUUCCAGAUGAACAGUUCGAUUAUCUAUUUAAAAUUGUGCUCAUUGGUGACUGUGGGACCGGUAAAACAUGCAUAGUGCAACGUUUGAAAUCCGGUAAUUUCAUAGAAAGACACGGUAAUACAAUAGGCGUAGACUUUUCAAUGAAAACUUUAAUAGUAGACGGGAAGAAGGUCAAGCUUCAGAUAUGGGACACUGCUGGACAAGAGAGGUUCAGGACAAUAACACAAAGUUACUAUCGGUCGGCGAACGGAGUUAUUAUAGUGUAUGACAUCACAAAGAGAUCCACAUUCCUCUCCCUACAGAAGUGGAUUGAAGAAGUGAGACGGUACACAUCUUCCAACGUCAUAGUGUCUCUAAUAGGGAACAAGUGUGACCUCACAGACCAACGUGAGGUGGAAGCUGACGAACCAAAGUCUUUUUGUCGUUACGUCCCUGAGAUUAUGUUUGUGAUGGAGACAUCGGCAAAGGACAAUACAAAUGUUGAAGACACAUUCCGAAGUUUGGCAACAGAGUUGAAGAGACAACAUGACAGCAGUGAAGGCCCCCCUGCCGAAUCAGACUCAGUUGUACUUGGAGACAGUCAUUCUGUAACCAGAUGUCAGCCUUGUAGGUCCUCCUAGGUAAACUAUUGCAAAAUAGAUAAUCUGCCAUUAAUUUUAUUCUAGUGGCCUGGAUGAUAACCAAAUAUUUUUUUCACAAUGUCACAAUUUGUUGGCUAUGAAUGCUUUGUAAAUAAUAAUAUAGUUUAUAAUUUUUUGGUGAUAAUACUGUAUAAUUAAAAGAAACAAACAACAUGCCAAGAUUAUAAUUUUAAUUAAACUCUAAACAGAUGUAAACUAAACCUAAAACUAUUCACAGGUAAUUUCAGGAUUUGCAAAACAAACUAUCAUUUUUGAAUACCAUCAUUCAUAACCAUUGCCUGGCUAUAUUUGGCUCACUGUUGAGCAAGAGUCUUCUCUUAGAAUGAAAGGGAUUAAGGUCCACCACGCUGCAGACUGGCCUAGAUGGUGGUAUACCACAAGCUUCCAUAUUAUUUUUUCUGAGUCUUGGGGUAUUUUAUGUAAUGCAAGUCAAACAAAAAAUUUUUUUAUGUUUUCAAGUUUCUUGCCUAUACAGUAUUAGUAAGUAAUAUUGAAAAAAUGUCACAAAACAUCAGCCUAUUAUAGUUAAGGUAAUUUUUUGCACUUAUUUGUACCAAUCGGGUGCUAAGAAAAUAUACUUGAAUAACACCUUAUGUUCUAUUUUUAGAUGCUUAUUUAAAUGAUCUAGCGAUUUUGCUAUGGAUAUAAAUAACAAAAAAUGUAUAAUAUUUUUUUAGUAGCUCAUUAUUUUUAAUAAGCUUGUUUUUCAGUUGAAAAUAUAUAAUUAAGGAUAAUUGAAUUUAAUAAGCAAUGUUCUAAAUCAAUUUAUAAAACUUAAGCAAUUGACACUACCUCUAAUAUUAUUGUUACUAAACUAUACACUUUAUGUCAUCGGAAGUUUAACUAAACUAUCUAACUAUCUUAGAUUAUUAAUUCCAGUCAUUAAAGUGAAAGUUGCACUUGCUAUUUUACUAGUAAAAUGACAUUUCAGUGACAGUUGCACUUGCCAUUUUACUAGUAAAAUGACAUUUCAGUGACAGUUGCACUUGUCAUUUUACUGACUAGAAUUAAUAAACGUACAAUAAAAAGAAGAGCCUGAUUAAAUAAUUGAAAAAAGGCAUGAUAUUAACGAUUACAGUUAACCUGGUUUCUUCAGUUAGAAACCUUGUUAAUAAGGUUUCUUACUGAAGAAACCUAACACUAGGUCUAGACUAGGCACGCCGGGCUUAUACGACUGAUCGUUCUUUACUAAAGCCAAAUACGAUGUGUACUGUAUACCAACAAACAAAUUAAAAUGAGGGUAUAAAUCGUUAGUAAUUUUACAACUAAUAAAAAAUAUAAUUAACUUGUUCUUAAAUUAAUGAAAAUAAAGAUUAAUAAGUUAAAUCCAAUUAGAAAUAGUUAAUAUAUUUAAAUAUUUAAUUUACUUAAAAAAAAUAAGGUACGAAAUGACAUGCGUUUUCUACCUUCAUUUCUAAUUUGUUUAUUGGUAAACAUUGUACUCCCAGUUUGGCUUUAGUAUAGUCAUUGUUGCUGCCUAGUGCCCAAAAUGCUUAAGAAUCAAUUAUGAUAUUGUCAAUAUUAAUUUAGUUUAGUUAGAAUUUCCGUGCUUUAGUUUGAUAAGACUCACUUCAACCAGUGAUACCAUGCAUUCUGGCUUUGAUGCCUAAAAUAUAAUUUAUGUAAUGACCUUAGCUACACUAUUAAAACGUUGUAAUCAAAUCCAAGAAGUCGAGUGCCUUCCUGCCUAUUGGAUUAAUGUUUCAUAUAAAGGUAGCAUAUGAUCAUGGCAAAGCAAUGAACAUUACUGUAAAAAUGCGUAAACUUUAAAUGUUGUUUUUAUUAAAUAAAUGUAAAGUGUGGCUUAAGCAAAACUAGGUCAAUACAUAAUUAGUAAAAAAAUCACAUUUUUACAUCUUUAGUUAUUGUAUGAUGGCUUUAAAAUCUAAUUAUGUAAAUAUGAAGAAAAAUAUCUCAUUUAAGUUAAGCGUAUUAUAAUUUGUAAGUCUGUCAGUCAGUUUCGAUAGUGUAAAUACUAUAUAAUAAUGCAUAUUUGUACCACCUAUUCGAGACUGAAGUACGCGCCAUAAUAAUGAUUGUUAUUGUAAAAAAAUAUACUUAUUUUUUUUCUAAUGCUGAUUGCACAUUAAAAGCCUCUUGUGGUUAAAGCUGAACUCAAUUAUUAGAGUAAGAAUGUGUUGGGUUAUUCUCUAAUUCGUGUGUAUUUCGAAGGAUAAAUAGCAACUUAAUUAAGUGAUACAGAAAAUGUUUUUUUUUGUAUAUUUCCUUUAUCAAACCAUUGAUAAUUGCUUGGCGGCAAAAAUUAAGUGCGACAAAAUUGAUUUUGUUUCAUUCAACUAGUUUAUUAUUUUUACAUAACAAACUAG